ACACAACGCAAAUUCCAACCCUAACUUCUGUCUCCGUUCUUUAACGCCCAACGCCAGCGACCCUCGUCCCGUCAACAACCCCGUCAACUCCCAGGUCCCGCCUUUAAAACCUCAAGAUGACUCACGAGAGCGUUUGGUACAGCCGGCCCCGCAAGUACGGCAAGGGCUCCCGCGAAUGUCGUGUCUGCUCCCACCGCGCCGGUCUGAUCCGCAAGUACGGCAUGAACAUCUGCCGUCAGUGCUUCCGUGAGAAGUCCACCGACAUUGGUUUCACCAAGGUUCGUUUUCAUUCCUCGCUCGCAAAUACCAUCCGAUUCUCUUCGAACACUGCACAAAUACACCACCCGAUAUGA